CUAUACACAAUGAAAAAUCGCAGUGUGUUUUCCUCUUUCAAGCACAUGUAAUAUUGUCUAAGACAAUGUACAUUGUACAUUUAUUCUAGCAUAAAAGUUAUUUGAUGAAUUGACACUGAAAGGUAGAAAUACCCCAUGGAAGUUUGGUAUUUUUAGUUAGGGAAACAGAACACGUUUCCAACAAUAGUAGAAAUGACGUUAUUACCGCCACAUCGGCCACUCACCCCGAAGCACUGAAUAAUACAUGACAGUGCAAAUUUUCAUUAAUAAUUGAUAUCAACACAAGUCAAACCUUUUUGAAGUGGUUGAAAUGGGAAAUAUUCUAUCGAUUAUGGCCCUCAGCCAGAAAGCGUAAAGUUAAGUAUGAACUACGAGAGUCAUUUGGUACCAGAACCCCUUUACGGAGGACUGGCUGUGUCGUAGUUGCAGCUGCAGAAGGAAAAGUCGCGUGCACUGAAUGACGAAUUCUUGAGAAAAAACAUCACUGAAUUAAUUGCAUUCAAGUUGACACCGCUCGUAUUGUCAGUGAAAUGAAAAUGUGCACUUGGUCUGACCUCACGAGAAUCGGCGAUAUCUCGUUGUCCUCAAAUCGGGGUUCGACCCUCUGCACUUGAACAUGCGCACGCUUGUUUUAAUUGCGAGAAAGUACUUGUAAUUGUUUACUCGGAGUUCGUGAGUGAACAUGAGUGCACACGAGAGCGUGAUUUGUGAAGACUGACCUGGCUGAUUACACAACGGGCAGUCAUCGGUAGGCAAUAUUCUGCGUGGGAAGCAGCGCGUUUAUGGUCUGUGUUGAAAGGAUUAUCGAAUGUGAAAUCAGCAAAUUCUGUUUUUGCUCGAGGUGAUACAUACUCGAAAUUUAGCGGAUGUUUUGACCCAAUCACGUCCAGCCCGAGUCGUGAUUGGCCUCAAUUUAAAAUAAUCGCGGGCUCCUUUAACUUAAUGAAUCCCAAUUACGGAUCUGCUGAAGUUCAACCAUGAUGAUAUUGUGCCUCGUCUUAAUCGGGAUCUUCAUCGUGAUACACCAAGUGAGCGUGCUGUAUUCUCAGAACAAGAGUGUCUUCACUGCACCAGGUGCAGGGCCUGUCUUCAUGGCCGCGUUAAGACAAAGUCUCGCCUCGUGUUUCAGAGUGUAUUCCAGAUACGGAUACUGGGGCAUUGUGAUGAUGUUAAGCAAGUCCCGCCACGCCUUAAUGUGGGUCGUGACGCUGGUAUUCAGCGUCUACCUCUUGAUCUUUUACGUGGGCAUCCCCAAUAUCAAACGCAGUCUAUCGGGAUUCCGCUACGUAAGCGAUAUCGUCGAACGCUACGAAAUCAUUGGCUACGAUAACGGAUCGAAACUUUACGUCAUGAAUCAGGAGGAUAUAUGCGGCGGUGGCAAAAAGGCGGGGACACCAGUGGAUCUAUUGAUAGCCGUGAUUACUGCUCCGAAGUAUUUCGAUAGGCGAGAAGCUAUUAGGAAAACUUGGGGAGGCAUUGUGAAAACGAAUCCGAGGAUUAAAGUUUUGUUUUUUCUUGGCGUGACUUUGGCUCCAGGUUUUGAUGAGGGGAAACUCUGGGAAGAAAGUACUGUACAUCACGACAUGGUGCAGUUAAAUUACUCAGAUACAUAUGAGGAAUUGACGUUUAAAUCUAUUUCUAUUGUGCAUUGGGUUGGAAAGUUCUGUGAACAUGCGUUAUACGUCUUAAAAACUGAUGAUGACGCGUUGGUCAAUGUUGAAAACAUGAUGACGUCAUUGACUAAUGCGCACUUAAAACAUGACGAUUUCAUCAUGUGCUAUGUAUGGAAAGGUGCACAUGUGAUACGAAUGAGAAAACACAAGUAUUUUGUACCUUACGAAGCGUAUCGGAAGAAAAUCUAUCCGGAUUAUUGCGGUGGUCUUUAUGCAUUUACGGCGAAUUUAUCGAGAGGUUUAUAUCAGACCAGCUUACGGACGCCUUUUAUUGCAAUGGAAGAUGUUUACAUGACUGGAAUGGUAGCAUCACAAAUGAAAAUUCCCUUGGUGCAUAAUGACGGGUUUGUUUUAGACCAAUCACGCAUCAAAAAAAGGAAGCGAAAAAUCGAUCCGUGCAUUUAUAAAAAUGUGAGUAUAUAUGUUGAAUACUCGCCUCAAGAAUUGAUGACGAUAUGGGACAAAUACGAUCCAGGUGUUUGCCGGUGAAAGAAACACUAAGUAACGUGAAGCAACGAAAAAACAAAAAGUCUUCAGUUUCUUUUCGCCUUUUGUUCACUUGUUCCCAGUAUCAUCAUGUUGAUGUUCAGCAUUCAUUUAUUGUUCCAUACGAUCGUUGUCAUUAAGAAAGACUUGCUGAACGCAAGCAUGACCGUGAGCAGAAUGUUUCCGCAUCGCUCAUGAAUUACGAUUUACGAAUAUUCGUGCUUCUGCAAUUCGUAAUCGUGGUUCGCCAGCAAUGCGGAAACUCACGAAUAGUUCAUCUCAGUAGCUAUCAAGAGGUUGCAGGUUAGAUAAGAUAUUGAUUUAGUUUGAUGGUGUUGUUAUUUAUUACAUUACCGGCAUUUAUACUUAUAUGGAAUGAAUAAAUAUUCAUAUCAAAAUUU